UCCUUCAUUCCUUUUUAUGGUGGACUAAUAUUCCAUUGUUUGGAUAUACCAUAUUUUAUUUAUGGCAAGUCUAACGUUUUAUCUCCUUAUUUAAUCACUGGGCGUUGUCACGUCUGUGAUUUAUGGAUUACUGAGUCCUUGCCCGGGGGCCUGGCUCCAAUCUUUAGAACACUGUACCCUGAAAAUAGUGUCUUUUCUGUUUGCCUGCUUUGCUCUUUGCUUGUUUUAUCCGUGGCCACUCACCAUUGUGAUGGUAGAACCUCAGUGUGGAGAAAAUCAGGUACAUCUACCCCCAAAGAAAGGUAGCAAUAUAUUCCCGGGAAAGACCAGCACCAUUGCAGAGUUUUCUGCCUAUGACUAUUACAAAUUUCUAAUCAAACCUAAAAGAACUCGUUUUGUAAUCCACACUGCUAAUAUUCUUACUAAUACCCUAUCUGUAGAAUGCUUUCUAAUUUUCAAAGCAGUGAUUUUUGUCUUGUUUAUUACUCCUAACACCCCAGCCCACGUGCCACGUGUCUCUCACACAACUGGGGUUUGUUGGAGAACACUUUCUGCGUACUUCCGAAGUACUUUUGUCACAUGCAGUAUCUCAUGACCUUACCUCGUAUGUUCCUGCAGCAACCUCACCACGUAAGUGCUCUUACUCCCCGAGCAGGAAGCUGAGGGUUAAGUAAUCUGCCAAGCCUGCAACGCUGCCUAAGAGGAGGAGCCCAGGAAUCGGCCAAGUGCACAGCGCAGGGAUUCUCCAUUUUAUUGAGAGUCAGAUGCCACACACAGGUCCUGGUGACAACCGACCCGGGAGUUGUGCGCGACCCGGGCCUCCCGACUCCCGCGCGCAGCCACCAACAGCAGUCCUCUGUUUUGCCGUGGGCUUCCGAAAGUAUCCCCCACCCCCCACAGAGACCCGGAUAUUCCUCCACGUACAAUGCAAAUUCUAUGGCUGGAAAGCGUGAGCACAGAAGAAAAAGUUGUGGGCUUUUCACCUUUCUUUUCCAGACUCGCUGUGGAAACUCCGCUGCGUCUCCAUAGAAACCCGGCGGCGGUGGCGGCCGUCACCGGGGGCGGGGCUCAGGCGGAGGCCCCUCCCCCUCCCCGGUUUGCAACCCCUCCCAGCCAGGAGAAAUCGCGGUCACCCUUAACCUCUGCGUUCCUCUUCUCGGCUGCCCUCCCUUUCUGUUGUCUUUUCGUGCCCCAAACCACAUCCUGGAGGCCGCCCUCCUGCACGGUCCUCAGCGGGGCCAGUGCACCAGGCGUCCGGGCCCGGGAGCCGUAGCGCUCGGCCUCUCUGUCCCGGGCCCACCCCUCGGCCGCGCUGAUUGGCCGCUCCUGGGCCACCCUCCGUCCCCGGGCAGGCAGGGUCUCAGCCUGCGGAAAGUUUUCUGCGCCGGGAGGAAGUUAGACUUUUGGAGAUUGUGAGAAAGCAGCUCUCGUGGCUGCAGGGUUCUGGGCGGCCAUGGAGGAGCCCCCUUUGCGAGAGGAGGAAGAGGAGGAGGGGGAAGAAGAGGAGGAAGAAGGAGACGAGGCUGGGCCCGAGGGGGCUUUGGGCAAGAGCCCCUUCCAGUUGACCGCCGAGGACGUAUAUGAUAUCUCCUAUGUGAUGGGCCGCGAGCUGAUGGCCCUGGGCAGCGACCCCCGGGUGACACAGCUGCAGUUCAAGAUCGUCCGCGUCCUGGAGAUGCUGGAGACGCUGGUGAAUGAGGGCAACCUGACCGUGGAGGAGCUGAGAAUGGAGAGGGACAGCCUCAAGAAAGAGGUGGAGGGGCUGCGGACAGAGGGCUCGGCGGCCGGCAGGGAGGUAAACCUGGGACCAGACAAAAUGGUGGUUGACCUGACAGAUCCCAACCGGCCACGCUUCACUCUACAGGAGCUAAGGGAUGUGCUCCAGGAGCGCAACAAACUCAAGUCCCAGCUGCUGCUGGUGCAGGAAGAGCUGCAGUGCUAUAAGAGUGGUCUGAUUCCACCAAGAGAAGGCUCAGGAGGACGAAGAGAAAAAGAUACCCUUGUCACCAGGCCCAGCAAUGCCAGAAGUAACAAGGAGGAGAAGACCAUCAUAAGGAAGUUGUUCUUUUUCCGAUCAGGGAAGUAGACACAGCUCUAAGGCCACGACUAAGGCAGAGGGUCUCGGACUCAACCAGGCAACGCGCCAAGACUCCCAGACACAUCUCUCGGUGCCACGUAUACGCACCGUCCUCGCUCAUUUGUUUCCCCUGAAAGCCACCAAGGAGGAAGGAGGGGAGGCACUCUCAUGAUCACUGUCUGCCAGGCUGCAGAACUGGACACCCCUGGGCGCUUGGCCUGGGCAAGACAGGAGAAGGAAAGCAAAACAAGACCCAAUUCCUGCUCCAUUCAGCCUUGCUGUGGGGGGGCCUCCAGCGUGCGCAUGCGCCUUCCACUUGUCUGGUCCCGCAGGUGACCCUUGUCUCUACUGUGUGGUAGCAGUAAAAAUGCAUGAGCCCACAGGGAGAGGGGAGGAGAGAACGCAGGAAAAAAUGGUAAUGACAUUCCAGUGAUUUCAUGGAUAUGUAGUGAAUAUUCGAUUUUGCUUCACGUGACUUUACAUGAUUUUGUAUCAAAGUAAAAUGACUUUUAUACUUUC